AUGGCACAGAUCUACCGUCAAUUGCUGCACUGGAUGAAGUGCCUCCUCCAUGCUGACAUGGACCAGAAUGUCAAUACAAAUGAAGGGGAGAUUAACCGGAGCGGAGUCAUUAGCGAGUAUUUGAAUAAUGUAGCACUACGCUCCGCGAGUCGACGAGAGUCUGCGAAACAAUGGAGCUUGGUCCUGGAUGAGAGUGGGGAGAUGCUAGAUAGCGCAAAGCAGCUACUAGAUGACUACGCACUGGCGCUACAUAUCUCAUCCCCAGACACUGUUGCUAUGCGUUGCCGGAUUGAAGCUGUUCUCCUGUCGAUUCUCGCCACUGCAAAAAGGGAAGAAACCAACGCUCGCAAACACACUGCACCCGAUGUCGACGACACUCUGUACCUCGCUUUUCUGCCGAAGGUUUCUACGCCACAUACGAUCAAGGGAAACCGAUAUACUCUGGAGUGUAUUGCCGACAACAUCCUAUGGUAUGGUGAGCGCGAUGAACUAGAUACCAACCUAAUUGUUAUUCGCAGGGAGUGUCCUUUGGAUGCUGGAGAUCGCUCACCACUUGCGCCCAUGGUCAUGAUUCACCGUGCCCACAGACUUGCCGGGCGUAAAACCGAGAUCUACGGUAUCUGUACCGAUAGCUGCCGGUGGAACUUCAUACACCGCAGCAAACAGGGCCGGGUAAGUGAGCCCCAUGUUUUGUAUAAGGCUGACGCUCAUGUUUCUAGGUCUCCUAUUUAUCAUUGUACAGGUUGUAUGACCAGUAGCAAAUUAUCAAGCAGGUUCGCAGCAUUAACCGCCAGGCAGUUGCCCUUCAUCGAACAGCAGGUGGAAGUUCGAGACACUUGA